AUGACUGAUCGACGUAAAAAGCGGGUGUCCUUCGCUUACACACUUGUAACAGCCUCAUGGACUAUUAACAAUACUAACACUAAUAAUAAUAAUAAUAAUAAUAAUACUAUGAAGACUCAUCACAAGAAUUCUAAAGGAGAGAAGAAGAAGGAAUCAUCUAUGCAUCUAAAUAAUAAGGCAGAUGUAUGGAGACAGGAUCACAGUCGCAGUGUUCAUCCCAUUCUGGAUUCAUUACAAGUGGAACUUGGAGUUCCUCUCAUUCCACAAUACCGACUUGUAGAAUAUGUUUGGCUGCAGUGUCAUCUCAUUGCACAGCCUACAGGUAUUGUUCUUCCUCUAUCUUUAACUGAUACUCCUAUGAUUAUACCUUCUUCUUUUUCCUUUUCUCAUUCAUAUACCUCUUUCACGGUGUAUUCCUAUACUUGUACCGAGAAUGAUAAGAUGGGACUUUCCACCUCUUCACGACGACAAUUAAACACCCUUCUGCAAUCGGUAUUAACACUUCAUCCAUUUUCAAAUCGAUUAGAGCCAAUCACACAACCAAUCAUUUCAUUUCUUCAACGCACCUCCACACGGGAACUCAGUCGACGGCAAAAUAAAAUAAUUAGACUUUUGCCAAAGUUAAUGGAAAUUAUUAUUCUUCUUUGUCAUUGUUUAGAGUACGGUGCACAGAUGUAUGAUGAGGCCAUGGCCCGUCAUCGACGAGGAAGUACACACAGUACUACUACUAAUUCCACUAUUACUAUAAAUAAUAACAGUAAAUCGGAUAAUAAUAAUAAUAAUAAUAAUAAUAAUAAUGAAGAGGAGGAGGAGGAUUCCUUAUUAUUAUCAUCUACAUUUCUUUAUAAGGAUAAACCACAACAUGUAAAAAAAACGACUGGCUUUGCGGAAAAAUGUGCAUGGUGGAUUAGUCGUAUACGAAAACAUGCAAACCCCCGUCCACACCGUCUCUUCACAAAAGUUAAAAAACUUUUACUACAGCCUGGACCCAUGUGUGAUGUAAAGACUGUAUACUUGCAGUAUAUAGCUCAUCGAUUCUUCCCGCAGUUCCCCUCUAUUCAUCGAAGUAUUCAUGUUUCAGUAAACAGUGAUGAUAAUAAUAAUAAUAAUAAUAAUAAUAAUAAUAAUAAUAAUAAUAAUAAUAAUAAUAAUAAGGUUAAGAAUAAUAAGAAUAAGGAAAGGGGUUUCGGAAGCCACAAGAAGAAGAGAAAAGUAAAAAGUGAUUCCCGGGAAUUGAGUAAAGAACCCGUGGAUCCCAUUGAAGAUGAAAGACAAGAAGAUUGGCGUUUGGCGCGAAAUGGUUAA